CGGACACAGCGGCCAGGGGAAGAGCCAGACCAGACAGCACCAUGACUGCAGCCAACAACACGUACGACGUUAUAGUGGUCGGGGGAGGAAUAUCAGGACUGAGUGCAGCUAAGCUGUUGAAAGCCAGUGGCCUGAAUCCUGUAGUUUUGGAGGCCAGGGAUCGGGUUGGUGGACGCACCUUCACUGUGCGGAAUAAGGAGACAAAAUAUGUCGAUCUGGGAGGAGCGUACAUUGGCCCAACUCAGAACCGCAUCCUCCGAUUGGCCAAUGAAUACGGCAUAAAAACCUACAAAGUCAACGAGCAGGAAAACCUGGUGCACUAUGUCAAGGGAAAGUCCUACCCUUUCAAAGGCUCCUUUCCUCCCAUGUGGAACCCCUUCAUCCUGAUGGACUUCAACAACCUGUGGAGGAAGAUGGAUGAGAUGGGCAAAGAGAUCCCCAGAGAGGCUCCCUGGAGAGCUCCCCAUGCUGAGGAGUGGGACAAGAUGACCAUGCAACAGCUGCUGGAAAAAAUCUGCUGGACCAGUACCGUCCGUCGCUUCGCCACCCUGUUUGUCAACGUGAAUGUGACGUCUGAACCCCACGAGGUGUCCGCUCUCUGGUUCCUCUGGUAUGUCAAGCAGUGUGGAGGAACCAUGCGGAUCUUCUCCACCACCAACGGAGGACAGGAGAGAAAGUUUGUGGGCGGCUCCAGUCAGAUCAGCGAGUGCAUGGCCCGGGAGCUUGGAAACCGGGUCAAACUGCAGUCCCCGGUCUACAGGAUCGACCAGACUGGAGACAUGGUGGUGGUGGAGACAGUGGACAAACAGACUUACAUGGCCAAGUAUGUGAUUGUAGCCACACCUCCUGGUCUAAACCUGAAGAUGCACUUUAACCCUGAACUGCCCCCGCUGAGGAACCAGCUGAUCCACCGCGUCCCCAUGGGCUCCGUCAUCAAGUGCAUGGUCUACUACAAAGAGAACUUCUGGAGGAAAAAGGGUUACUGUGGCAGUAUGGUGAUUGAGGAGGAAGGCGCCCCCAUUUCCUUGACGCUAGAUGACACAAAGCCUGAUGGGACUGUGCCUGCCAUUAUGGGAUUCAUCCUUGCUCGGAAAUGCAGAAAGCUAUCAGGGCUGACCAAGGAAGAGAGGUUGAAGAGGAUCUGUGAGAUCUACUCCAGAGUCCUGGGCUCAGAGGAGGCUCUGCAUCCUGUGCACUACGAGGAGAAGAACUGGUGUGAAGAGGAGUACUCUGGGGGCUGCUACACAGCCUAUUUCCCCCCAGGAAUCCUUACUCAGUAUGGCAAGGUCCUGAGGGAGCCUGUUGGCAAGUUGUACUUUGCAGGCACAGAAACGGCCACAGAGUGGAGCGGCUACAUGGAGGGGGCUGUGCAGGCCGGGGAGAGGGCAGCCAGAGAGGUUAUGUGUGCGAUGGGUAAAAUCCACCAGAGCCAGAUCUGGCAGUCAGAGCCUGAGUGUGCGGAAGUCCCAGCCCUCCCGUUUGUCACCACCUUCUGGGAGAGGAACUUGCCUUCAGUGGGUGGGUUUCUCAAGUUCAUGGGCACCACCACCUUCCUGUCUGUUGCCACGGCAGCCGGCUUGGUGGCCUACAAGAAGGGGCUCCUUCCCAGAAGUUAAACGUCAAACCCCGUCCACACCCCUCAUCUUACUCCACUGCAUCUCAAGGGGGCCGAUCUCAACAGACACUGUACUCUUGUACGCCGAGCGCACUACUUUCUGACCCAAACGACAAAGUAGUGAACGACAUAGGGUAUAGGAUGUUUUUUGAGACACACCCUCCUUUAUUUGGCAUGGGAGAAAGACGGUUCAGCUUGCUCACUACACUAACGCAUCAUCACUCUAUUCACUGCCUAUACACAAUAGAGAGAAAGAGAGAGCGAGCAGCGGGCUUAUAAAAGGGAGAGAUGCCUGUUUGAGAGGAGCUGAGGAGACCUGUGGCCAUGAGAACAUACAGUGCAAAACCAAAAUAAGUCUGAGAUUCAGAUUGUUAAACCAAUGAAGUGAAGGAAAAAGAUUCUAAAUCAGUUAUUAAAAACGGAAAAUAUAACUUAGUAUAGUAUCGCCAUUAACAUUCCAUUCAUUGCCAAUGACAUUCACGUUCUUUAUUACUCGUGUGAGUUCAUUAACUUGUCAUGCGCACGUCGUGUGUAUGAGCUUGAGCACGUUUGUUUGCAUGCGUGCGUACAUGCAUCGACGAGCAUGCGUAUGUACGUGUGUGUGUGUGUAUGUGUGUGUGUGUGUGUGUGUGUGUGUGGCCGUCUGUGCAAACUGUGUAUCAAGGUAUGUGUGUUUAAUUACCUCUGCUGAUUUUAGGUGCUGAUUUAUUCUGGCCAAGCCACUGUAGCUAGCUGGAAGAUGAGAUCCAGUAACGUCAGAAUAGAAUAGAUUUGUGCCAUUGUCCAUUACAAAAUCACAAAGAAGGUUGACUCUAACCUGCAACCAGGGGUGUAUCGUGUCUCUACUAAGCUGCUGUGUAUGGUAAACGGAUAUGAUUUUGGUAAAAGUAAUGGAAGCAUUUGAAUGUAUUUUCUUCAUACUAGAUAACAGUAAGGAUUUGUUGUUCUUUUGUGAUAAUCACAUAUUUGAAAUAUGCAUUUGUAAUUUUUAUUUCACUUACAGCUAAGAUGCAGACAAGGUAUGACACUGUACUUAACCAUAAAACCGUUAAUGUUAACAUUUGAAAGCAGCCCAAUGCUGACAUGUGUGUGUUUUUAUUAGAAGCCAUUUUAGAGCCAUUCACCACAUUUCUAUUCCAGUAUGUGAAGACAUGGCAACCAAGAAUUUCCCUUGUGAAGGACUCUCAUCGACAUCUACAGUAGAGUCUUGUGAUAUAACAAGACUUCCAUUCUAUUGAUUUACAUUGCACCUAUUAGAUGCUAUAUUUUCUGAUUAUAUUAUAUGAUUUACUUGAAGAGAAUCUUACUAGUUUCAACCAAGCAAAAUAUAUGUUUUGUAAAGAAAAAAACUUUUUUUUUCCUGUUUUUUGUUUGCUUGUUUUUUAAGAAAUAUAUUUGCCUAAUCUGGAAAUUGAGAUUAAGAAAUAGAUGAAUAAACAAAGUGUUUCAUUCCAAAAUGCACAACUUCCUUUUAAUGUUUUAAUGUUUCAGUGUUGCCUGUUUUUCAUCCUUAUAACUGAUGAUAUUACCCAGUGCACUCUCUUUAUUAUUAUUAUUAUUAUUAUCUUUUUUUACUUUUAUGCAGUUAUAGUGUCAUAACUUCAACAGCAUUCCAUUAUGAGUUGUCCUUUGAUACAAUCUUUUUUCAGAGAUUUUUUUUUUUUUUUUUUUUUAAUCGUGGAAAUUUGAUUUUGGAAUGAAACUACUCAGAUAGAUAUAAAAACAGAUUAGUACAUAACUGAAUCUAAACAAGAGUUCUAAUUUUAGUCCAUCUGGUCUGAAGUGUCCUGUACUGCGCGUACAGCACCGUAUGUCCAUCGAGUGGAUCAUGCUGUUCUUGUCCCAAAGACAGAUGUGUUUGUGAGUGUAGUCUCUGUUGUGCCUUAAUGGAAGUUGUGAUGUUUUGUCAUUUUUUUCUCAAGUGCCUGUGUGACUAUGACACUCUUUGCCCCUGCUGCCAUGCCUCCUACUCCCCCGCCUGCAUUGAAGGUGAAAGGUCAGAUGGUAACCACCGAUGUCGGAAGCAGAAAAGCAACACUCUGUCCUUUAUAAUAUGUCUAUAAAGUUUUAUUUUUAAAGGUACAGUUCACACAGAAUGCACGAGAGCAAUCUGUCUGUCCAGAUAGCAUCUGUGCGAUUUGGUGAGGUUUCCACUCUGCUGCAACCUCCCAUGUUUCCUUUCACUCCGGUACAAUGAGGCCCGAUAGGUAUUGUGCAGCAAAAACCAUCACAAAUUUACAUGUGAAAAACUCCGCAGAAGCUUGUUCCCAAAACAAAGACACCCGGCAUAAUCCGCAGCCCCUUAUCUGAUACUAAUUCACACUCAUUUAGGAUGCAUGGAUGCCUCAUGCUGAGUAUGCUGAGUGUCAUUUUUUUCCUGGAUAAAGCUGUUGUGUUUGAGGGUUUGUUUGUUUGUUUGUUUGUUUUAUGGGGUGCUAGGAGACAGGGCAGAUUAUAGCAGAGUGGAAACCUUGCCAAAUCACACAAAACUAUCUGGAUGGAUAGAUUCCACCAGGGGAAAAAAGGAUAAUAGCCUUUUUGUGUUUUAGGUGGACUGUUCCUUUAAAUUUCACAGUAAUCCUAUUGGCUGAUGAGACUGACUGGCACCUCUGUAAGCAGUGGCUGAUCGGUAUCACCUAUAUUACCUGAGUUAUGUCAGCUCAGCACAGGUGUACACUGUGAAUAACCGAGUUCAGACAGUUGGGUCAAUCAGGCCGCUCAUCUCCAGUGAGGCAUGGUGUGUCAGAGUGUGUGUGUUUUGUAUUGUUGUGAUUGCAGUGGUUCACUGUCUGUCUGCCGUACCCUCGUGGUGCACUCAUGUACACUUUUUUUCUGUAGCUGCUUGGCUUCACCUAGUUGGCACAAACCUAAUCCCCCAUUUUCUCCUGACCCCGAAACCUCGCAAAACCCACAGGCCUACAGUGGAUUUGUACUUGACUCUCCCAGGCCUUCUCCAGAGGCAACGGGUUUUAAUUCUGAGAUAUUAUAGAGAAGGAUAUUGGACGAUGAUGUCACUCAUGCUCCAGCUGUCUCCAGGAAGCAUUACUCGUCUCCAGAGAACAAAUCAAAGCCAGAGCACUCAACAUGUCCUUGUAAAAUCCCAUCAUUGAUCCAUCAAUGAACAUAGUGUGCAAUUAUCCAUCCUCUGAUCCUUCUUUAUGGUUUUCUGUAGACCGCAGACUGUUCUGUCCCUCCUACUGUGCAUAUGAGCCUCUCUAAAUAUCCCCAUGACCCACUGACCCUUUGACGUCUUUGUUUGAUUCCCCCACAAAGCUGGUGAUAUUUGAAAAAAAAAACAAAUGUGAAAUAAAUCUUUUACUCGUCUUCAA